ACACAUCUCUAGUCUCUCUCUAGUGUGUUGUGUUUCUCUGUCUAGGUAGUCUCCUUUUUCCUUUGAGUUGAAGAAAUCGAAUAAAAUAGGUGAGAAAAGGGUAUUUCCGGGUAUUUGGAGGAAGAUGAGCUGCAACGGGUGCCGUGUCCUUCGCCGAGGCUGCAGCGACCAAUGCAUCCUAAGGCCGUGUUUGGAGUGGAUCCAAUCCCCCCAAGCCCAAGCCAACGCCACUCUCUUCGUCUCCAAAUUCUUCGGCCGCUCCGACCUCAUGACCUUCAUCGCCGCCGUCCCCCAAUCCAAGCGCCCCGCUCUCUUUCAAUCGCUCCUCUUCGAGGCCUGCGGCCGCACGGUCAACCCGGUCAACGGCGCCGUGGGGCUGCUCUCCACCGGCAACUGGCACAUCUGCCAGGCCGCCGUCGACACCGUGCUCGCCGGAGGCGUCCCCAGCCCCGUCGCCAAUCCGCCUUCCGUUGAUCGCGUCAUGCAGAGGUGCUUCGUCGUCGGAGAGUCCAGCGGCGCCGGGAUCAUCAACUGCAUGGAGAUGACGGCGUCGGGGAUUUCCGAAUUGUCGCCGGAAUCGGGAAAUGGUGAAAGUGGGGUUAAUCAAGCUGGUGACAAGAGGCCAAAGCUGCUCAACCUUUUUGCUUAAUCAUCGACUCUGCCUACACAACAAGACUUAAUUAAUCCUUUCUUUUUUCUUUUUCUUUUUUUUUUAAUGGAAGUGAGUUGGGUAGGGGUGGGAACUAACCUUUUUGGGACUAAGUGAGCACAAAAUUGACUUUCUUAGUCCAUGUUUAAAUCGGAAAUUGUAUCUCUUUUUGUAGAAGAGUACUCUCUUGAUAAAUAAAUUAAAUAACCCUUAUUUUAGAAAUAAAUAAA